AAAAAAAAUGAAAAAUGGUACAAAAUUUUUAUUUCAAUAUUAAUAAAUAAUUUUUUUUUACAUUUUACAGAUAAUUUUAAUUAACUUUUAUUUAAAUUAGAAGCUUACUUGAAUUCUAAAGAAGAAUUUUUUUUCCUGCAAUUUUUUGGCAAUUGGUAAUUACUUUAAUAAAAAAAAAAUUUAUUAAUUGAAAAAUUAUCGAUGUAGAAGAUAAUUGAAAAGCUACUUCCAAAACACUUCUGUACAAUCAAAAUUUCUUCGUCUCUUAAGUAGUCUUCUCUGCACUUAUCCCACAUCUGGAUCCCUCCUCCAAGAAGCUAUUUAUUCCUUCAAGUGUAUGUAUACGAAGACUCUCUUACAAUUUCUGGUAUCACACAUGUACAUACGAGAUUUAAGUUCCCUAUAAGCUGCCGCGCCGUAUAGAAGCAAGUUUCAACGAAAGGGAAGGUUUCUCGUCUCAAAACGAAAACAAGAUUCAAGCCGCUCAGUUGUAUUUUAUCAGUCGGCGAAUUCACGUGUGUAUCUUUUAAUAGAAAAAAAAAAAAAUUCUCUUCAUUCCAGCAAACGAUCGAGAAAUACUGAUGAAUAUUAAUAAAUAGACGCGACAAUUCUUCAAUGUCAGUUAAAAAUUACAUCUCAACAAGGAUCACAAAUAAAAAGAGUGUGUGGGAUUAUUGCCAAGAUUUAUCGAGCUAAUCAGUAUUUUAAAAUGAGAGUUUAAAACUUUUACUCGUGAGCUUUUGCAAAUCUUCAAAAAAAAAAAAAAAGAAAUUUAGAAAUAUACAAAAUCUUAUUUUCAGUUUGAAAGUUAAUUUUUCUUCACUAUGACGGGAAAAUAUUUCCUAUUGAUGAUAAUAAUUCUAUGGAGCGGAAUUCCUGGAUUUUUAUUUCAGGAUUUUAGACGAUUUUUGGAUAAUUCGAACCAAUUGUGUCCUCGUGAAUGUAGCUGUUCAUUUUCAACUGUCAGAUGUACUUUUCGAAAAUUGACAUAUAUUCCUCGAGUUUCAGGUAGCACUACUGUCCUAGAUCUGAGAUUCAACGAAAUAGUCAACAUUGCGUUGGGAAAUUUUGAAAAUUUAAAAAAUCUCCAUACUCUACUAUUGAAUGACAAUUUAUUGAGAUAUUUACAAAAAGAUGCAUUCUAUGGAUUAGAAAAUUUGAAAAUAUUAUAUUUAUUUAAAAAUCAAAUUGAAAACAUUGAGCCUGGUGUAUUUGAUAAUUUACCAAAAUUAGAGCAUCUCUAUCUUCAUUACAAUUACUUAACGGAGAUAAGAAAAGGCACAUUUAACAAUUUGCCAGCGUUGCAAAAAAUUUCCCUUCAAAAUAAUGAUAUUCGUCGAAUAGAAUUUGAUGCAUUUCAUAAUAUUGGAUCUAAUUCACGUUUACAAAUAGACAGUAAAGCAUUGGAAUGUACCUGUAAUUUAAUAUGGUUAAUUGAACAUAUUAAAAAAAGGCCUUCAAAUGAAAUAAAUGCCGUAUGUGAUUCUCCCGCUGAUAUGAAAGGAAAACGUCUCGAUGCAAUGUCAUAUGAUGAUUUUCAUUGUUCGAAACCAAAAAUCAUGAAAGAGCCAGAAGACACGACAGUCGGUGUGGGUGAAACAAUUAUUUUUCACUGUAAAGUCUCAGGUGAUCCGGCACCGGAUGUAAAAUGGAUGCGAGACUCAACAGAAGUUGCAAUUGACGGUGAACGCUAUCAAAUACAAGAUGAUGGUACAUUGACAAUUUUCGAUGCCAAUGAAAAUGACAAUGGAAAUUACGAAUGUAUUGCACACAAUGACAUGGGAUUUACAAAUUCACGUAGAGCAAGAGCUCUAAUAACAGCGUCUGAAUUUCUUCGAUUCAUUGAAAUUCCAAUUUCACAAACAGUUGAAGCUGGUGUCGAUGUUACAUUCACCUGUAGAGUCGAGGGUGAACCAUCACCACAUGUUGAAUGGUGGAAAAAUGGACGAUUAAUUUUAGCGGGUGGUCGUUUUCAAUUUGAUGAUAGUGGAUCAAUAUUAAAAAUCGAAGCAGUCAAACAAAGUGAUUCGGCACGUUAUAUUUGUCGUGGAAAAAAUAUUGAUGGUCUCGCAGAGACAAGUGCCGAUUUAACAGUUCUUCAGGAGGAUUUUCGACCACCGGAAAUGACAUAUCAACCACAGGAUAUGGAAGUGGAGAAUGGUGCUUCAAUUGAAAUUCCCUGUCGAGCUCGAGGUAAUCCCAAACCAACGAUUCAAUGGAAAAAAGAUGGAAUUGCUCUCGAUUCGAAUAGAAAUAUUCCACUUGAUCGAAAUCGUUUUCGAUUGUCCAAAGGUGGAAGUCUUUAUUUAUACAAUAUCACCGUUCAGGAUGCUGGAAGAUAUGAAUGUUCAGCGAUUAAUGAACAUGGACGUGCGACUGGACAGGCGCUUUUACAAAUUCGUAAAACAGAAACGAGUGAUGCAAUUGUUUUGCGAGCAUUUCAAGAAGCAAGAAGUGAAAUUGAUCGUGCUAUUAAUAAUACUUUGCAAUCAUUAUUUAAUGGUGAUUCGAAACAUUAUAAAGAUCUUUUUCGAUUAUCGAGAUUUCCUCCCGCCGAGGGAAGAGCAGCAGCUCGACCUGCUGAAUUAUUUGAGAGAACAUUGCAAAAUAUUCGUCGUCUUGUGAAAAGUGGAACUACUGCCAAUGUUACUGAUCAAUUUAUCUAUGAGGAAAUUCUCACACGCGAACAGAUCGUAGAAAUUGAAAGACUCUCUGGAUGCACUGGCCAUCGACGAAAGGACAAUUGUAAUAAUUUAUGUUUUCAUAAACGUUAUCGUACAAUUGAUGGUAGAUGUAAUAAUUUCGAUAAUCCAACAUGGGGCUCAUCCUACACGGGUUUUCGACGAAUUUUAAAGCCAAUUUAUGAAAAUGGUUUUUCCACACCCGUUGGUUGGGACAAGACAAAACUCUACAAUGGUCAUCGUAAACCAGCGGCACGUUUAGUUUCCACAUCAUUGAUAUCAACACACAAUAUCACUUCGGAUAAUUCAAUAACACAUAUGGUGAUGCAAUGGGGACAAUUUUUAGAUCAUGAUCUCGAUCAUGCACUACCGGCAGUUUCAAGUGAAACAUGGGAUGGUAUUGAUUGUAAAAAAUCGUGUGACAAUGCACCGCCAUGUUUUCCCAUGGAGGUACCACAAAAUGAUCCUCGUGUUACUAAUCGAAGGUGUAUUGAUUUUUUUAGAACAAGCGCCGUUUGUGGUUCAGGUGAAACAAGUAUUUUAUGGGGUAAAUUAACACCAAGAGAACAAUUAAAUCAAUUGACGAGUUAUUUAGAUGCAUCGCAAGUUUAUGGUUACGACGAUGAUGUAGCAAGAGAUUUAAGAGAUUUCACCAGUGAUCGUGGAUUAUUGCGUGAAGGUGCAAUAUUUCCCAAUAGAAAAGCAUUGCUUCCUUAUGCAUCAAAUGGUCAAUUUGUUGAUUGUCGACGUGAUCCUUUGGAAAGUUCAAUAAAUUGUUUUUUGACUGGUGAUUUUCGUGCCAAUGAACAAGUGGGAUUAUUGGCGAUGCAUACAAUUUGGAUGCGUGAACAUAAUCGUAUUGCACGAAGACUUUUUGAAAUAAAUCCACAUUGGAGGGGUGAGAAAAUUUAUCAGGAAACGAGAAAAAUUGUUGGCGCUGAAAUGCAACGAAUUACAUUUAAUAAUUGGUUGCCAACAAUACUUGGUGAUUAUUUGCCAUUAUAUCGUGGUUAUAAUUCAAAAUUAGAUGCAACGAUAUCGAAUGUUUUUGCAACGGCUGCACUUCGAUUUGGUCAUUCAUUAAUACAGCCACGUUUGGAAAGAUUGAAUGAUAAUUUCUCCUCAAUUCCACAGGGUCCAUUGGAGCUUAGAGAUGCAUUUUUUUCACCAUGGCGAUUAGUUGAGGAAGGUGGUGUUGAUCCAUUAAUUCGUGGUAUGUUUGCAACAGCAGCUAAACUAAAAUUACCAGAGCAAAAUCUUAAUAUUGAAUUAACUGAACAAUUAUUUAGAGUUGCACACGCUGUUGCUCUUGAUCUUGCCGCUAUGAAUAUUCAACGUUCACGUGAUCAUGCAUUACCUGGUUAUAAUGAUUGGCGAAAAUAUUGUAAUAUGACAAAUGUUGAAACAUUUGAUGAUUUGAAAAAUGAAAUUACAAAUGAAAGAGUACGUGAAAAAUUACAUGAACUCUAUGGACAUCCGGGAAAUAUUGAUAUUUGGGUUGGUGGUAUUUUGGAGGAUCAAUUACCAAAUGCAAAAGUUGGACCACUUUUUAAAUGUCUUCUUACUGAACAAUUUCAAAGAAUGAGAGACGGUGAUAGAUUUUGGUAUGAGAAUCCAACGACAUUUAAAAAUGAUCAACUUGAACAGAUAAAAUUGACAAAUUUUGCAAGAAUAUUGUGUGAUAAUGGUGAUAAUAUAACGAGAAUACAAAAAGAUAUUUUUCAUUUGCCAAAUGAUGAAAAUCCACUUUUAUCUUGUGAUGAUAUACCAUCAUUAGAUUUACGUAUGUGGAAUGAAUGUUGUGAAGAUUGUCAAGAUCAGGAGAAUAUUAUUUCACGAUCUAGAAGAAGUACAAUGAUAAGAUAUUCGAAUAGAGAGAAUUUAAUGAAAAAAUUUAAUUUCAAUGAGAAUUUAAAUCGUGAGGAAAAAAUGGAAUUUAUCCAUCAUUUAAUGACAGAAAAUGAUGAGAAAAAUGAAUUAUUAAAAAAAUUGACAAAUGAAAUGACGGAUAAAAUGGUUGAAAUUAAAUCAUUACUCGAGGAAAUUGAAGAAGAAUAUUAUAAAUAAAUUUUCAUGUUUGGAUUUUAUGAUAGGAAAUAUUUUUUAAUUAUAGGUUUGUAAAGAAAAUGUACUACUUUUCGAUUUAUGAAAUUGCUUUUAAAUUGUACCAGAAGCAUUUAAUUAAAUUGUAUUUCUAUUGUGCCAUGUUAAAUAUAUUUUUUACUUUAAAUAUAAGUUUUAUUAUUUUUUGUAUUGAGAAAAAAGAAUUCCUUAAUGCAAUUAAUAUUUAUUGCAAUUAUUAAGUAAAUGUUUUUAUUUUAAUAAUUAUUUUUUUUUAUAUUGAUUCAGAAACUAAAAAUAAAAUUACCUGAAACUAAUUUUAAUUAAAAAAAAAAGAGAAAA